UCGCUGUAUCGUAAAAAAAGCUUUUAACGAGCAUGCGCUGAGUGAAAGUGAUCUGGCUCUUUAAUUUAUCUGACGCCGUUUACCGGACGGACUGAGAUCUGUAGCUUUUAUUUAAGCGGGUUAAAGCGACCACGAGAAACGGACGCCCAGGGUGAAAAAAUCCAUUACACCCUCUGUUUUGUCGCAGGUUUGGUGACGUCCAAUAAUCGACUUGCUGUGAAGUCUCCGGGGCCGAGGCCUAGAGACAUUUUUUUUGUAACGGGCGCUAUAAAAAAAAUUGGUGUCGAUGCUUAACUACAUUUAAGGUGCCCGUUUUGACCGGAUGUGAACCAAUGAAGCACUUUAUACUGUAACUGAAGCUUUAACGGUGGGAAACGUUAGCCAGCUAAUUAAAGCUACUGCUAACUGCCAGCGAGGAAGUGAGGAACGAAAAAAAUGACAUCUCGGAGGUGGUUUCACCCCAACAUCACAGGUGUGGAGGCUGAAAACCUCCUGCUGACUCGUGGAGUGGACGGGAGCUUUUUAGCCAGACCCAGUAAAAGCAAUCCAGGAGACUUCACGCUCUCAGUACGGCGAAAUGGAGCAGUCACCCAUAUUAAGAUCCAGAACACAGGAGAUUACUACGACCUUUAUGGCGGGGAGAAGUUUGCCACACUUGCAGAGCUGGUGCAGUAUUACAUGGAACAUCAUGGACAACUCAAAGAGAAAAACGGUGACGUUAUUGAGCUGAAGUAUCCACUCAACUGUGCAGAUCCCACCUCAGAGAGAUGGUUCCACGGACACCUGUCGGGCAGGGAGGCUGAGAAGUUGCUCACUGAGAAAGGCAAGAAUGGCAGUUUCCUGGUGAGGGAGAGCCAGAGCCAUCCGGGAGAUUUUGUUCUAUCGGUCCGUACUGGAGAUGACAAAACAGACAGCAGUGACAGUAAACCUAAAGUCACUCAUGUCAUGAUCCGCUGCCAGCAUGACCUGAAGUAUGAUGUGGGUGGAGGGGAGAAGUUUGACUCCCUCACAGACUUGGUAGAGCACUACAAGAAGAACCCUAUGGUUGAGACUCUGGGCACUGUGCUUCAGCUUAAACAGCCUCUGAACACUACCCGUAUUAACGCAGCAGAGAUUGAGAGUCGAGUUAGGGAGCUUAGCAAACUAGCGGAGGCAACAGACAAGGUCAAACAGGGAUUCUGGGAAGAAUUUGAGACCUUACAGCAACAAGAGUGCAAGUUGCUCUACAGUCGCAAAGAGGGCCAGAGACCAGAGAACAAAAACAAGAACCGAUACAAGAACAUUCUGCCUUUCGACCACACACGCGUGGUGCUGAAAGACGGGGACCCAGAUGAGCCAGGCUCUGACUAUAUCAACGCCAAUAUCAUCAUGGUAGUAUCCACUGUCAUGCCGGAUUUGGACUCAAAGUGUAAUCAAGGCACCAAGGUGAAGAAGAGCUACAUUGCCACUCAGGGCUGUCUACAUAACACCAUCAGUGACUUCUGGAGGAUGGUUUUUCAGGAGGACUCUCGAGUCAUCGUCAUGACCACCAAAGAGGUAGAAAGAGGGAAGAGUAAGUGUGUGAAAUACUGGCCAGACGUGUCAGCGCUGAAGGAGUAUGGGGCUAUGCGUGUUCGCAAUGUCAGAGAGACGUCUGCACAUGACUACAUCUUAAGAGAACUGAAACUUUCCAAAGUUGGACAGGGCAACACAGAACGUACAGUUUGGCAGUACCACUUUAGGGCCUGGCCAGAUCAUGGAGUCCCCACUGACCCAGGUGGUGUACUUGACUUCUUAGAAGAGGUCAACCUUAAACAGGAGAGCAUAUUGGAUGCUGGGCCAAUAACGGUACAUUGCAGUGCAGGGAUUGGGCGGACAGGAACCUUUAUAGUGAUUGACAUCCUAAUAGAUGUGAUCAGAGAAAAAGGAGUGGACUGUGACAUUGAUGUGCCGAAGACCAUACAGAUGGUUCGUUCUCAGCGUUCUGGGAUGGUGCAGACUGAGGCACAAUACAGAUUCAUCUACAUGGCUGUACAGCACUACAUAGAAACAUUGCAGAGGCGCAUAGAAGAAGAGCAGAAAAGUAAGAUUAAGGGACGUGAGUACACAAACAUUAAGUACUCUUUGUCUGACCUGACUGGAGGAGAGCAGAGCCCUCUGCCUCCUUGCACUCCUAUUCCUACUCCCACCUGCACAGAGAUGAGGGAGGACAGCUCCAGGGUGUAUGAAAAUGUGGGGCUGAUGCAGCAACAGAAGAGCUUCAGAUGAGAUUCACCUUUUGAUACCAGUGCUCUAUCAGCUCCAGGUAAAUCCAUGAAGAACAUACGGAGAGAACUGUCAUAGCUUUAAAUGAGAGGAAGCUGAUCUAAAAAACAAAAAUACAACCAGUUCUGCUUGUCAAAGAGAAGGAAUUAGAAAAAGACAGUUGUCUACAGUAGUUAAAACAAUAAAGGUCAGUCUUUAUAGCAUUAAAUACAGAGUUAUUGUUAAUUAAGGAGAAAACAACAAAACUAGCUUUGAUUAACUUUUACCUUUUUAGAUUACCUAAAAAAAAAAUUAAAUAUUGCGUUCUAAUCUUUUGUAGUUUAUAUAUAGCUGAGAAGAAGGUUAAAUUU